AUUGCAGACCACAUCGGCUGAAAGAUCUGCUUGUUUGAAACCCGGAUGUUCAGCCAGCCUAAGAAUUAUUAUGAUGGAAGAUGUUAAGCCAGUAAGGUCACUAAACUGUGCAAUUUCUCCUGAUAACCCUCAUCCCACCAUAGCUUUUUUUUUUUUUUGUUUUUAUUUUUCUACUUUCCCCUUGUCCUCUACCUAGUUAGUACCCAUCAUAUUAUAAUAGCAAAAUGCACAAAAAGCACUAUGUCCAGCUCACUAAGAGCAUGAUCCCAGAAUUGUUUAAAAGAAGAUGUCCGACAGUUGAUCCAGAGCCAUUUGUGGCUGCUGCCCAUGUUUUCCCCAUGCGCGUCAAUAACCAUGUCACUGAGAACCUGAUUGACUGGUAAGUGUGAUAAUAAAACAGGAAAACAGGCCUACUGACGUUCUCGUUGAAUAAAUAUUCAGGUCCAACAUCCCUAAUGAUCCUUUAUUUCAGCUUUCCUUCCCACAGCCAAAAAUGUUGCAUCCUAGUGAACUAUCAGACAUUAUAGCCCAAAUGCGCGAACCAGGUGUCACAAAGGUAGCCAUGCAAAACAUCUCCGAGUCAGUCAGAGCACGGUUAAACCCUCAUCCAGCCGGUCAGAAGGAGGAGAAUGUCCCUCGUGUAGAUGGUGUAAUGGUACCGGGGAUGCAGCACAAAUAUCGUGAAACAGUCCUUUUCUUUCCGUCGGAAGUAUGUCAUCCAUCAAUAUUUAUAACUCUAAGGGGGGAUGUAUCUGACGAUGUAGGGCCAAUUCUGUCAUGCCUUCUGCACAUAUUGCUUCCGAUGGGCCCAAU